CAAAUUUUGACAAAGGUGUUUUUAGGUGGUAAUAAAAUAAAAUAAAAAAAUUUAAGGGGUAGCAAAAAUGAAACUCAAGGUUUUUUGUGGUAGCAAAAGUCAAAAUUUCCUAUUUUUUAUUUAUUUUUUUAUUUUUUACAGCACUCCCUCCCUCUGUUUAUAUUUGUUACUCCAAUACUCCGAAUUACAUUAUGUAGCUUAUAAAUUAAUACUUCAUCAAUCUCCAUGAAUUAACAAUUGAUUCCUCUACCACUCCUUCAAAACUGUGUGACUGUGUCGCAUCAAAGCAGAUCAUUUGCGAAACACCAUGAGACCGAAAAUCUACCUAUUUGGAGACUCUAUUACUGAAGAAUCAUUUAGCAAUGGAGGCUGGGGAGCUUCACUGGCUAAUCAUUUCUCUCGUACGGCUGAUAUAUUGAUGAGAGGUUACAGUGGGUACAAUACUAGAUGGGCGGUGAAAGUGUUAGAUAAGGUGUUUCCGGCGGUGGAUGAAGCGGCGCCAAUGGCGGUGACGGUGUUUUUUGGGGCCAAUGAUGCUUGUCUUCAUGAUGGUUAUGCUGCCUUUCAACACGUGCCUUUGGAUGAAUACAAAGAAAACCUUCGCACCAUUUUCUCUUUCCUCAAGAAAAAAUGGGAGACUGCUGUUAUCCUCUUCAUCACCCCCCCUCCAAUUGAUGAAGCUGGACGUUUACUGCACCCUUACAUUGAGAAUCCAAGUGGUCUACCUGAGAGAACAAAUGAGGCUGCUGGUGCCUAUGCCAAAGCAUGCGUUGAUGUUGCAAGAGAAUGUGCGACACCAGUAAUUGAUAUGUGGACCAAGAUGCAAGAAUUUUCUGAUUGGAAAAAUUCAUGUCUCAGUGAUGGCCUGCACCUCGCCCAAGGUGGCAACAGGAUUGUGUUCGAGGAAGUUGUCAAGAAGCUGAAAGAGUUGGGAGUGAGCCUAGAAUUGUUGCCUGUUGAUCUGCCACUAUUCUCAGAAAUUAAUCCAAAAGACCCUCUUAAAGCUUUUGAAAACUGAAGCAAUUCUUUGCAACGAGUCAUUUUUUAUUAUGACCUUCAACUCUCCCAUAUUUAAAGCUUUGUCGAGAGGUAAGUGAAUAACAAAUAGUACAGGUACACUAUGUAAUAAUGUAAGGUACAUGUUUGCGCCUUUUUUACAGCAGCAUUUCUCGAUUAA